AUGGCCUUGAAGGAUAUUGCUUUGUCUUCAGGUUCAGCUUGUACUUCUGCAUCAUUGGAACCAUCUUAUGUCUUACAUGCAUUGGGUGCAGAUGAUGCAUUAGCACAUUCUUCUAUUAGAUUUGGUAUUGGUAGAUUCACAACAGAAGCUGAGGUCGACUAUGUUAUCAAGGCUAUCACUGAGAGAGUAGAAUUUUUAAGAAAAAUGUCUCCAUUGUGGGAAAUGGUCCAAGAGGGAAUUGAUUUAGAUUCCAUUGAAUGGAGUGGUCAUUGA